AUGCUGAGAAAGCAAAUUAACAACAUCCUUUAAAAUCAACAAAUUGCUAGGACUGAAUACGAUGAAAGUCCUUAGAAUGUACAAAUUUAGUAGUUGGACUCAUUUGAUUCGUAGAACAGUGGCCGACUUGAAUACGAUUCAGAAAGGUACUAGCAAGUUGAUAACGUGGUAGAUUAAGGCAAUUAAAAUAACAACAAAAAGAAGCAGACAAAAAAGAGCUCUCUCCUUUAAAACAUGGAAAAAAUGGAAUAAAAAAGACAAGAAAGGAGAGAAAAGAUGAACUAAAUGAAGCAAUAAAAAUUGGAAAAGGAAUAAAUGAACAAAGAAAGCAAUAGAAAUGUCGAUAUUGACUUUGAAAUGCUCAUUGAGUAAGAGAGACUUAACUUCAGUUUAUAGCAUGUGCCUAUUUCAAACAAUAGGCUGAGCGUAAUAGUUAGGAAAAGACCUUUGUUUUCAAAAGAAGAAGAGGAAGGUGAACUAGAUUCUAUAUCAUGUUCAAAUCCUAUCAUCAGAGUUCAUGAACCUAAAUAUAAAGUAGAUGGUAUUACAAAAUAUGUAGAGAACCAAGACUUCUAGUUUGAUAACGCAUUCUCUGAAAAAGAGUCAACUGAAGAUGUUUACAAGUAUUCCUUACAACCACUGAUUAAAUGCAUAUUUGAACACGGAGUUGUUACAUGUUUCGCUUACGGAUAGACAGGUAGUGGUAAAACAUUCACUAUGAGAGGACUUCAGUAGCACUAUAUAAAUGACAUAUUCAGCAUCAUUCAGAAAAAUCACUAAUUCUAAUUGAUUAUGAGUUACUUUGAAAUCUACGGUGGCAAGUGUUUUGAUCUAUUAAAUGAAAGAAACUAAUUGAAUAUUUUGGAAGAUAAAAAUAACAAUGUUUAAAUUCAAAAUUUGAUUGAAAAACCAGUAAGAGAUUAGCUAGAGAUGAUUGAAAUUAUUGAAUAGGCCGCAAUAAUUAGAACAACUCAUGCAACUGAAGCAAAUGAAGAAUCAUCUCGUUCUCAUGCAAUUUGUUAAAUUGUUGUUAAAGACACCAAUGGAUCCACUCGUGGUAAGUUAAUUAUGGUUGAUUUAGCAGGAAGUGAAAGAGCCCAAGAUUGCUAGAGUAAUUCUAAGCAAAGGAGAGUUGAAGGAGCUAAUAUUAACUAGAGUCUUUUGGCUCUGAAAGAAUGCAUCAGAGCUAUGGAUUCUGGUGCUUAGCAUGUGCCUUUUAGAGGAUCAAAGCUGACUCUGGUACUAAGAGACUCUUUUUUAAGCAAACAAUCAAAUUCUCAUAUCAUUAUGUUUGCUUGCAUAUCACCUGGUUCUAGCUCAUCUGAUCACACAGUGAAUACUUUAAGAUAUGCUGAUAGACUAAAAGAAAGCAACGGUAUUAAAUAAGAUGUGAUUAAAAUUAUCGAAGAAUAAUCAAAAGCAAAAAAAAAGAAAUAGAAUUAUUAAUCAUCAUAAUAAUAAAUGGCUUCUGCUCCUUAGGCGGCUGCACAAAAAAAAAAAGAAAAAGAAAAAGAAGAAAAUGACUCAAACAAGAAAAACUAAAAUGCACCACCUGUAAAAAAUUUGAAAGGUGAAAACAAAAACAAAGAAGAGAGAUAAUAUGAUCACACAUAAUAUUUAAUGAACAAUGCCAAAAAUAAAGAAAAUAUGCAAAGUGUUGACAAUAUUCCUUCGAUAGGUUAUUAGGAUAAACCAAGUUAGUAGGAAAAAAAGCUGAAUGCAUAACAAGCUAAGUCUUCUUAAAUUUAAAAAAUACCUCCUAUUUAGCAGUCUGUGUAAUAAAUUGAAUAAGCUUCAACACAGAAUAGUACUUAAUAGGUUGUUUCUUCAACAUCUGUAAGCUCUUCUGCCUCAGCACUAGCACAACUUCAUAGAGAGAAGAGAGAUGAAAGACCUUAAACAUAAUAAAAAAGACAAAGUUCUAUAGGAAAAAAGAAUGCUAAUUAAACUGAUACUAGUAAUCAAAAUUUGAACAAUCUUUUAUAGUAAAAGAUUUUAAAUACUGAUGCUUCUCUUGCUACCAAUCAUAAUCAUGAUCAUUUAUCAGGAGUUGAUCAAAAUAAGGCUUUAAGCUUAAAAUAACUAAAAUAGAUAUCUCAGUCCAACCCUGUUACUACUCAAAACAAUCAAGGUCAGUAAAUUAGGAUUAAUUCAGCUCAUCCUAGCAAUAACAAUAACUCAUAAAACAAUAACACAAGAGAUGAUAACAAUAACUCUUUCAAUCAACUCCCUAAAAAAGGUCAUAAUAAUUAAUAGCAAAAGAAAACUCAGCAAAACAUGGAUAACAUAUCUACAAUUAAUAACAAAAAUAAUAGAGAUUCUUCUGCUAACCAUAACAGUAGACACAACAGCAGUAGCAAUAACAACAAUAACUAAAUAAACAAUAACAAUUUUAACCAAAACUUGAAUGACAAGAGUUUAAAUGACCACAUCCUACAAAAAAAUAAAGAAGUUUAAGAAAACAUAGAAAAAGCUUAACAGCAUCAAAUAGAAUAAAAAACUAAAGAUUUAAUUCUCUAACAAAUUAAAGAAAAACAAGAAGACAUGUUUUCUUCUCACAUGUCUGCAAUUAAAGAGGAUGCUAAUCUGCUUUCAUUAGAGAGUGGGCUUUUAACUGAUUGCUAAAAAGAUGGAUUUAUGGAUUGUGAUAUUGAUAGCUAUGUGAAAAAAUUUGAAUCAAUAGUUUCUAAAAAACUCCUCAUGUACAACUUGCUUCAAUAAAAAAUGGAUACUUUAAAAAAAAUGAGAAAUGAGUACAACAACAAAUAUUCUUUGAACUAAAUUAACAAUAAUCAUCAUGAAAAAAAUCAAUAGUAAUAAUAAGCUAAAUAAAUUGAAGAUCCUAAUAAAAAGAGGUAAUCAUUUCUUUUGAAGAAAAAAAUAGAAAAUUGA